CAAAAGUACAUGAACUGUUCGUUUGUGUGCGUCAGAGAACAAUUUUAUUCAUAUUAUUCCAAAGCGCAUGAGGUUCAUUUAUUAAAUGUCGUAAUUUACUAUUUUUCCAUGAAAAGCAUUUUUUUGAGCCACAAUAUCCCGAAAUUUAAUUGAAAUAAAUAUUUUUGCAUUUUAAUGGAUUCUGAACCGGAGCUUGAAUUUAUUGACAAAGAUAGUGGUAUGUCAUCGUUAGGCGGUAGCAAAGACGAUACACCGGAGAGACGUGCUAUCACAGAAUCCGGACACAAGGAUGACGAUGAGGGAGGAGAGUCUUAUGAUGAUGAGCCGGAUGAGACGCUGAACGAACGUCUAUGGGGACUGACGGAAAUGUUUCCCGAACGUGUACGAACGGUGUGUGGUGCCGUUUCUAGUUUUACUGUUUCCGGUGUCGCAAAUCUUUACCAGUUCUCUUGCAAUGCAUCAUGGAUAUUCUUUACGAGUUCAAUGAUCUUAUUUGCGCCGAUAAUAUUUGAAACGGAACGGGCCAAUUUCAUGGAAUCACAAAAGGCACAACAAAAACAGGUUCUGUUAGGACCUGGAUCGGCAGCAAUGUCAGUACCUGGAGGUAUGCCCGCUCUUCCUCCAAUGGCAUCACGAUAAAUCGAUUUUUCUCUGUCUUGCGUUGUAAAUUAAUGAAUUAUUGCUAUAGGCAAGGUAUAAUUAUCGAAGACUAUGUAGAUCAAGAAAUAGAAAUACCACACAACAAUUAA